AUGGCUGGAGAAAAAGGUCCUACCUUGGACGGCAUCAACGGCAGCGAUGGCAGUUGCGAAAGUGGUACCGAAGAAUACGAGGAGCCAGAUGAUGGACAUAUCAGAAAGGGGGAUCGGAUCCGCGGAAAGGCUUGUCAGUCGGCUGGAUCCGGACUUUUAUAUGCUCCAGUUUGUCUGUCGGUCGUAGUAUACCUCGAUCGUGUUCAUCAGUCCCCUCUUGCCCGGUUGCCCCACGAGCCACACCUUUUGCGAUCCCGGCUUGAACGACACGCUUGGUCCCGCUUGCCCGAGUGUCCAGAGUUCGAGUCCGGACGGGAAGACGGCGAGGAGAGAAUGAGGUGGUGCGAGACCGGCUCUCUGGACGGCGACACUCCUUAA